UGACGAUGCAUGACGUUCGAUAGUAGCAACGUCAAACGCUGGUCCCUACCAUGGUUGUUGUUGAUAAACUGGUUGUUAUGACUGGACAAGGCCUUGGUGUAAAUUAGGAGAGGAACCCCCGUCUCCGCCACGGGAUACCUGCCAAUGGAGGGCAUGGACAUAGAUCUCGAUCAAGAGCUCAUGCAGAAGUUCAGCUGCAUGGGCACCACUGACAAGGACGUCCUAAUCUCUGAGUUCCAAAGACUGCUGGGCUUCCAACUCAACCCCGCAGGCUGCGCUUUCUUCCUCGACAUGACCAACUGGAACUUGCAAGCUGCUAUAGGUGCGUAUUAUGACUUUGAGAGCCCGAGCAUCAAUACUCCGUCCAUGUCCUUCGUGGAGGACGUGACGAUCGGGGAGGGGGAGUCGGUCCCACCAGAGACACAGUUCACCAAGACCUGGAGGGUCCAGAAUACAGGAGCAGAGUCGUGGCCUCCUGGUGUGUGUCUGAAGUACAUCGGUGGGGACCAGUUUGGUCAUGUGAACAUGGUGAUGGUGCGCUCCCUGGACCCCCAGGAGAUCUCUGAUGUGAGCGUGCUGAUGUGUAGCCCCGCCGCACCGGGAAUGUACCAGGGCCAGUGGAGGAUGUGCACCGCCACCGGACUCUUCUAUGGAGAUGUCAUCUGGGUGAUUCUGAGUGUGGAGGUGGGGGGUCUCCUGGGUGUAACCCAGCAGCUGUCGUCCUUCCAGACGGAAUUCAACACGCAGCCUCACCGCAACCCCGAGGGGGGAGACUUCAACCCCUUCGCCUCCCCGCAGAGGAACAAGCAUGACACCGACCGCGACCUCCUCAAAGACCCAGGAGGAUCAUGGGAAGGCUCGCCAGAUGGCCAGGACGUGAACGGCCUGUCACACAAUGCCGUCAACAGAGCGGCCAGCCUAUCAGUUGUGGCUUACAGUCAGGGGAUCCACGGGCCAUACCCUUUUGGACAGAGCUAGAGACACGCUGCUGGUCUGUCCUGGGGAGACACGCUGCUGGUCUGUCCUGGGGAGACACGCUGCUGGUCUGUCCUGGGGAGACACGCUGCUGGUCUGUCCUGGGGAGACACGCUGCUGGUCUGUCCUGGGGAGACACGCUGCUGGUCUGUCCUGGGGAGACACGCUGCUGGUCUGUCCUGGGGAGACACGCUGCUGGUCUGUCCUGGGGAGACACGCUGCUGGUCUGUCCUGGGGAGACACGCUGCUGGUCUGUCCUGGGGAGACACGCUGCUGGUCUGUCCUGGAGCUCCUGGAAAGCAGGGGGUUGGAGACCAGAGGAAAACUUCUUUCAUAUGGACUCUUGAUAAGCCUCUCCCUGGCCCUGCCUCCAGCCCUGCCUCCAACCCUGCCUCCAACCCCUGCCUCCAGCCCUUACUCCCUCCCCAACCCCCAAUUCACUGCCCCUUUCCCAGCCUCCGGUUCCAGCCCCUAGCACCAACUGUAGCCCCAAACCCAGCCCCACCCCUAUCCCCAUCCUCGGCCCAGCCCCCAUCUCUGCCCACACCCCUAUUCCCAGCCCCA